AUGAGCUCCACUGAACAGACGGACAAUGUCCUUGAGAUUGGGACGAGAAUAACGUGCUAUUGGCCUGACGAUGAUCAGUGGUAUAAAGGAACUGUUGCAAAUGAAUUGGACAAUGAUCGAUUCUGGAUAUCGUACGAUGAUGGCGAUGAAGGGGAAAUCAAUAUCAAGGAAGAUAAAUGGCGACGAUCCUUGCAUCCUGAUAAGUUCAUCAAAGAGAAUACACUAGCGGAUGAGCAAAAGCAAGCAAUUGUUGAAAAACUUGAGUUGGGAUCAAGAAUCGCAGUCUACUUUCCCCAUGAAAAGGAAUAUUAUCCUGGCACCCUAACAAAGAAAAAGGAUGCAUCCUAUCUCAUCAAAUACGAUGAUGGAGACAAAGAAUGGGCAGAUCUUCUUUUUCGCAAAUUCAAACGAAUUACAAAGAAGUCUGAUCAGCUUGAGGUUGGAUCGCGUGUGGCCGUGUAUAAUGAGAAGCGAAAUAAGAAUUAUCAUGGAACUGUAGUCAAGAUUAAGCCCGAAAGCGCAAAGCCGCAUAAAGUCAAGUAUGAUAAGGAAAGCAGGGGGGAAGAGUGGCUGAACUUACACGUUCAUCCGUUCUUGGACAUGGUGAUAGAAUGGGAUGGAAAGAAACGGAAAGAAGAGUUUCUGGAUGCAGAUCGUCCUAUCAAACGCAGACGACAUAAUAUCCAAGUGCAACAGGAAGCACAGGAAAAUCAAACGGAACAAGAGUCUGCUCUUGUAAGCGAGGAGCCUUGUGCACAUUGUGAGACUCGCGCUGAUGCACCCUAUGCAAUUGCUUGUCAUCACAUUUUGUGUGAGCAAUGUGUUGAUGAGUAUAGACACAAUGAUUCGUGUAAAGCCUGUCCCUUGUGUAAGACUCUCAUCAGGUCUGCACCCAUAAACUUUUCGCCGGAUCAUGAUUCCUUUAAGGCUGUUGAAGCGCUAUCGAAAACGACAGCUGAAGUCAAAAUGGAAUUCUCAUCGGCUUCAUCUGCUUCAAUGAAAGUACCUGCUUUGAAUGCUGCUCGUAUUAUCAAAGCUUGUCAAUCAAAACGAAGAGACGAUCGUGAGCACAAGGGGUACUACUGGCGAUUCAAAGGAUCUAAAGACCGCAUCUUACGUGUUGGAGAAGGGAUCAAAGAUGGAAUUCAAAUCGAGCAAGUCGACCUUGAGAGUGGUGAAAUCAUCAAGACUUUUUCUUCUGGCAGAAAAGCGCAUGAAGCAACGGGUGUCGGUCGGAUUGUUAUAAGACGAGUUUUGGAGAGACGGGGUAAGGCAAAUGGUGGUGGCUUUUUUUGGAGAUACCAAGGAGAGACACACGGGCCAUGGCCGGAUCCAGAACCAAAACAUUUGAAGCCGUUGGAACAGCUUGAUUGGGAGACUGGGGAGAUGUUGGCUUCUUUCCAAUCACUGGCUGAUGCAAAACGAGCAAUGGGUAAGCCUCCGAAUAGUUCGUGCAUUCGAGAAGUUUGUGAUGGCGACGGGAGAGGAACAGCCCAUGGAUUCUUUUGGCGAUGGAAAGGCUCCGACUCUAUUCCGAACCACUUGAUUGGUGCAACCAAGGUUAUGGAAAUUAGGAAAAAAAGGAAUGGCAAGGUUUUGAAGGUUUUCAAGAAUUCGAAGGAAGCCCAAGCCUUCUUUGGGCACCAGUGCUGCUGGAGUUCCAUUUGCCGAUACUGCCGCGAAGAGAGUUUUUACUUGGGGUAUUAUUGGCGAUAUCGUGUACUGAGACGUCCAGUGAACUCGAACGAAGCAGUGGUCGGAAAGCGACUUCGAAUCAAGCGAGGGGGUGGUGGGGAUUGGCUUGAAGGCAAAAUCAAAAGUUUCCAUUCCGAUUCUGGUGAAUACGAAAUUGUAUUUGAUUGUGGGAAAACGGAACGACGUCGCCUUGAGAAUCUUGAAUAUGAAUGGAAAAAUGACCAAGGGCAGAAACCCAUAGAGCAGCUCGAUUUGCAAACAGGACAGAUUCUGAACACUUUUGACUCUAUUGCAGAUGCAAAACGCGGUAUCCAAGAUGCAAAUGGAUCUCAUAUAACGUCCGUCUGCAAAGGCCGCUACCAUUCAGCGCAUGGAUACUUCUGGCGAUAUAAAGGGUCGACAGAAAUUCCAAGAAAGAAAAAAGGUCGACGCAAGAUUGAUCAGCUCUGUUUGAAGACUGGGCGGGUGAUUGCUUCAUUUGAUACUAUUACGGCUGCUGGCAAAGCGGUAGGGAUUACGACUCCGGGAAUCAGUUACUGCUGUAAUGGUCGAAACAGUAGUAAGUCUGCAGGUGGUUUUGGUUGGAGAUUCUCAACAAAAGAUGAAGAGGAGUAG